UACCUGCCAACCCUCCCUGCUUGCCUUCCUGGCGCAGGUGAGCUGGAGAACCACCGCGCUCUGCUUGAAGAGCAGAAGAAGCAAACCUGGGCAGGUGGACUUCUCCCCCCCCCUCCCGCCAAGCCUGCGCUGGGCGUUUGCACACCUGUUUUCCGUCACGUUGGCCAAGGAGGAAGAGGAUGGCGCUUGCUGUCUCGGCCCUUGUUUGUCACCUGUUUAAUGAUUGACAGGCAGGGGAAAUGCAGCAGCUCAGGGCGAGGAUCCCGGCUUCUGGACGACAGUCUCCAGAGGAUUCUCCAGAUAAGGCUGGCGAGAGGAUUUUGCCUUCUUCCAAGCCAGCGGGAGCAAACCGGAGGCCUUUGGGGUCUUCUCCAGCCCUCAGACACCUCCAGGGGAGUUUGGGGGCAUCUUCUGCCACGGAGCCACCAGGCCAACAACUGGGAUGCAGGGAGGAGUUGUGAACGUGGAUUUUUUCCCGGAGAAGCGGGGAUGCCACAGGUGGUCCGGCGAGCUGAGGAUGCCAGUAAAUGCUGCUUGCAACUUUUGCACGGUGACUGUAGAGAAACGGACCAGGGAGGAGGAGGCCUGGGCCCUACAGAAGAGCCUUCAGGACGGCGUCUUCCGCUUCCAGGACUGGCUCCAGGCGGCUGAGACGGUGGCCGCCUCCCCCAGGUCCUCCCAGGUCUCCUACGCCGGCUCCAAAAAAGAGCUGCAAAGGUUCCGGGCAUUGCAGAAGGACAUCUCGGAGAAGGUAUGGCCUUUGGAGUCCUUGAACAGGCAGUACUGCCAGCUGGUGCGGACGGGGAGCAUGGGUCCACGCCUGAAGUCCUCCGUGCAGGAGGUCAACCGGCGCUGGGAGGAAUUGCGAAGUCGAGCGGCUGCUGUUUCCAGGAGGCUUCAGCAUUUUGUCAAUCAAUGGGAGGAAUUUGGGCUGAAGAAGGAGACCAUCCAGGUGCGGCUGAUGGAACUGGACCUGCGGCUGACCGAAGUGGAGCACUUCUCCGGAGGGACAUCGCUGGAUAAAAUGAUACAGUUGCAGGCGUUCCAGCAAGACGUCCAGACCAACACGGAACACGUAGAUCACCUCGUGGUCUGCGCCGAGAACCUGAUCCAGAAGAGCCAGCCGGAGGAUGCUGAGAUCUUGGAGGAAGACCUGAAGGAGCUGAUUGGGUUCCACCAAGAGGUCCUGUCAAGGGUGUUCCAGUUCCAGCGGCGCCUGGUCAGCAUGAGGCUGGUCUUCGAGAACGAGUGGGAGUCGGACCGAGACAGCGACGUGGCAUCGGACUGCUUCACGGAAGGAUCGCUGGCGUUUCACACGGGGGACCCUGAGCCCGCUGCCCUGGUCCCCGAGGCUCUUUGGGGCCACUCUACCCCAAAACCAGCCCGGUGUUCCAGAGCUCCCAUCGGGGACUCCUCGGCUGCAGAUCUGGAGUGGGACCCCUCGGUGGACGUGGGGGGGUCCACCUCGCAGGACGAAGACUCGUCGUAUUACAGUGCCGUCGUGGGCCUCAGCCGGGGGGACCAUCUUCGGCGGAGGAGCCGUUCUUGGCGCUGGAGCUGGGGCAGAACAGAAGACUUUUCAGUGCAGAGCAGUUUCCCAGAGGAGGGCCAGCCCUGCAGCUGCCCAGGGUCUCAUCCGAUGAAAACAGAUGUUUUGGGACAUCCCACCCCCCAGGAACCAGGAACUGCCCAGCUGCUCACGACGGGGCUCUGCUGCCCACCCCUCGAAGCCACAGGGUUUGAUCCCAAACGCAUUGAGACCUGGCUGGAUCAGAACUGCCAGAACCAAAUGGGAAUCCCUCCGGAGAUCAAAGAGGACUCCGUAACCCACAUGGAUAAGCUCCCACCGGCCAAGGAGUUGCAGCUCCCUCUGCAAAUUCAGACAAGAGGGCAGAAAAUCCACCGAUGGUCCAGGAAAAAAGGCAAACAGAACCUCCUCACCGGCCAGUUGUGGUCGGGGAAGGAGCAACGGAUCUCCAAGACGCUAAAUUCCCAGUCAGCAGAAAUUAUGGUUACUAUUGAGAAAGAAUGUGACCUGCAGCUGCCCAGAGAGAUUUCUACCCAGUCUCAGAAGCUGUGCAGAGCCUCUGUCCUCUGGCUGCUCAUGACUACGACGUUUGCGGUGCUGGUGUGGUUGCUGUGCCAGUCCUCUUUCCUUCCCCUCUCCCAGCCCCGCUGCCUCCAGACCAACGGCUUUGCCAAAUCCUUCCACCUCAUGCUAAAAUACGAGGGUCCACCCCCCACGUAGAGGAUGUGGGAGAACGGGGACACCGCAAUCGACCAAGGUCGAGAGUCCUGUAGGGGAAACUGGGCUGCUAGGAGUCGGACCGGCUUCUUCUGGACUUCCAAGAAGUUGGGUUCCUUGUGCCCACAUUUGCUCAGAUCCAGAAGAUCCCCUCCAGCUACCGGAAGAUAGCUUGGAUUUAGGCCUGGUGAACCACCUUGGUCCCAGUGCAACGAUGUGGUGGACUGUUCAGCAAAGUAAGAUCAUCCAUCCGGGCAAAGAGGCAGGACAUUCACCUGUGGCCCCGACUGCUCAGGUGGCAUCUACUGACCUUUGGAGAAAGCAGCUUGUAUGAAGCUCCAGCAAGAUCUUCUCUGCGGCACUGAGCAGAUUUCUCAAGAGAUCUAUUUUGGGUGGGUGGGGGUACCGAAUCUUGAAUCACUUCCAGAUUUGGAUUAUGGGUACUUUUGUACAUGGGCUACCUGUUUUGUACCUUUCGCGCCUGCUAUUUUCUAAUAAAAAAGGGAGAAAGGUG